UUUAUGCCAUGUAAACUGAAAAAGUCUUUGUUUUGUUCUAAAAAUAAGCUAUAUUUGUAAAGGAGAGGCUUCACUUGAACCAGAGGGGAGCAGAGGCCUUGGGGCCAACACAAGCAUAACCGUUUUAACUGUAAGAAAUUUGGGACAGAAAUCCACCUCCAUUUUCCCUUUUGUGGUCACUCCGAAACAAACGUUGCAUCCUGAAUUCGUUCAGACGUGUAACCACUAAGCCAACCCUUCCUCCCUCCUCAAUGUUUUUCCAAUCAUAUGCUGUUUUUCUAUCAAAUGGGCUGCCAAGCUUCCAGGUUGGAGCAAGAUGAGGAAGGUCAGCCAGCCAGACCCGGCCUGUUGCGUCGAUUCGAGGACAUUACGUGGCUGCGCAGAAGCGAGAGCAUUGGGAAGGGCACCCUCUCCACAAAGCAGCUGAUUGAGGAACAGGGUGGUGAGGAUGAAGAAGGUUCUGCACCCAAACAUAGUGAUAAAGAUGUUUCUCAUAUCCCAGUUGUGAGUAUUGGGCUUGUGGAGGCACCUUCCUUAGAUGAAGUGAACGUGAAGAUAGUAGAGUCCAGAUACAAGAAAGAGGAGAAAGAGGAGGAAAGGGAUAAGGGGAGGGUGGACGAUUGGGAUGACAGAGGUGACCAAGACGAUGAAGGAUGGCUUUCGGACAGGGAAGAUCACCUCUUUUAUCCUCGGUCACCAAGUUUUAGGGAGUACUGUAUCAACUGCUACUCGAGGGAACUAGACAAGGAUGAUGGUGAGAUCUUUGGCCUCAAAAGUCAUGUUAAAGGAGCGAAGAGGGAGAAGAAGAAGUCACAAAGGAAGGAGGGGACUGCAUCUCCAAUUCCGAAUGAGGGAUCAAGACCAAAAUCACCCAAGAAAGGAUUAAAACGAAGGAGUUUCAGGAAGGUGUUAAAAAAGGAUGGGUCCAUAAAAAAUCUCUGGAACGUCAGCGCAUGGUAUAACCCCAGUUUUUCAUCUUCUCAAGACGGGCCCCAGAAAGAGGGUGCAAAAGCCUCCUAAUGACUGAAGACAUUCUUCCCUUCAUUAAGUUUUCUCUCACUCAUUUUCUUAAUCUCUUGCAAAUUCUCUGUCAAUUGCCUGUAUUGGAUGAGAUGAUCUUGUAGCCUAUUGGUAAGAGAAACAGUGCAAGGUAUAUAUGCUUGGUCUCUGGUGCAA